CAACCGACCAGAGGAAGUCGCCACGAUCCGUUGAGGAGAGGAUCGCGGCGAACCAGUGAGUCAAAUCCCUUCGCCGAUUGAUGGAGACGAAGCCGUCCAACUCCGGCGCCGUGCUGCCGGGCUCAGGCGCGUGCUUCGGCGCCGGCGCUGGAUGCAAGAAGCGGACGCCGAGCCGGCUCCAGAAGCACGCGCCCGCGUCGCUGCCGCUGGAGCAGGCCGCCGAGGCGGGGCCCAGCGCGUGGGGCGAUGGGAGGGCGCCGAUACCACUCUUGUCGCCGCUCUUCAUGUCGCCAACGACGGUGGGGGAGGUGGACCAGGCGGGGGCAAGGAGGGAGGGAGGAGGGGACCAGGCCGAGGGGGGGAGCGGUGGGGAACAGCAGCAGCGUGUCGCCACCCGGCACGGCGGGAACGGGAAGCGCCAGGCGCACGAUGCGCCCCCCAAGGCGCCUCCCGUGCCGGGCGCGGGGUGGCGGCACCCGGCGCUGCCGACGCCGGUGGCGGAGCCGGCGUCCUUCGUGCCCUUCUUCCAGUCGCAGUGCGCGGUGGAGGUGCGCAACACGCAGCAAUGAGGAGGGCGCCUGCCUAAUCCAGGCCAGGCCCGCCCAGACGCGCCCGACGGCGUACGCUCGCAUG